UGUGACUGGUGCUGCAGCAGCGCCGGGUUCUCCCGAACACCAGAACAAGAACGCGUGUGAAUGAUGUUUCUGUGUCCUCCCUGAACCGAGCAGAGGCUUGGGAACAUUCUCCAUCCUCCCGAACAGCUGGUUAACACGAGGCGUUUCAGGUUAAAUGCACUCCCACAACUAACGUGAGAAGGACGGACUUGUAAAAUAAUCACUCUUGACUCUUAAUUCCUGUUUCAAUUACAACUGGACUUUAGAGAAAAUCAGCACUUAAGGAAGUUUUGGAUUUGCUGAAAAGAUGCCAGUCCGAACAGCAGGGGAGUUCACGCGAAGGACCAAUUAAUACUUCCUUUUUCGUGUGUCUUUUGGGGAAGUUUUGUAAGUUUUGAGGAAGGAAUCGGGACCCUUAACGACAUUUAACACAGGUGCCUUAAACUAUCCGCCAACAAAAUGUAUCAAGUGUCAGCAAACAUUUGUUUGCUGUUCCUCGUUGUGACCUCUGCUAUUAACCUGGGAAUAGUGCAAACCCACAUGCCCAAUGUUUGUGCUGAGAGGGAGGUGGUGGUCAUUGGCCGCAGGCAGCCGUGCAUUCAGGCCUUCACCCGGAUGGUCAAGGUGUGGAAACAAGGAUGCGGAGAGCAGAAAUGGUGUGUGGGACAUGAAAGAAGGACUGCAUAUUACACUGCCUACAGACAAGUGUACAGCAUGGACUUCCAGACCGUGUACAAGUGCUGCCCUGGGUGGAAACGACUAAACCACGAAGCUGGAUGUUUGUACCCUAUUUGCAGUACUGGAGUCUGCUUUAAUAGUGGCAAGUGCAUUGAAGGAACAUCACAGUUAUGUCAGUGCCCAAAAGGCUUCCAAGGACCUCGUUGUCAAUAUGACACGAACGAGUGUGAGGCGGACAGUGGGGGAUGUGAAGGUCAAUGCUGUAACACCAUUGGCAGCUUCUACUGCCACUGCCAUGCGGGCUUGAAGCUGAAGGCUGAUGGGAAGACUUGCGAAGAUGUGGACGAGUGUCAAGUCCACAAUGGAGGUUGUCAGCACAAAUGCGUGAAUACCCAGGGGUCGCAUUACUGUGAGUGUAAACCAGGCUUCCGACUCCACAUCGAUGGCCGCACCUGUAUCGGCAUCAAUACAUGCUUAAUUGGAAAUGGAGGCUGUGAACAUGACUGUGUUCAGUUGUCGAUAGCCCAUUUCCAGUGUAAAUGCCGACACAACUACCAGCUCAAGGACGAUAGGAAACACUGCGAGUUGAAGAACCCAUGUGCUGACAGGAAUGGUGGCUGUGUGCACGUGUGCCACAACCACCAUGGAGUCGCCAGGUGUGAUUGCUACCCUGGAUACGGAUUGGCGAGUGACGUCAAAGGAUGUGAAGAUAUUGAUGAGUGUGUGUUUGGAAUCGCUGAGUGCUCACAUGGAUGCGUCAACACUCGUGGAUCUUUCUCCUGUGUUUGCAAUGCAGGCUACGAGCUGGGCUCUGAUGGGAAACAGUGCUACCGGAUUGAGAUGGAGAUCAUCAAUGGUUGUGAGUCAAACAAUGGAGGAUGUUCCCACCACUGCCAACACACAGCUGCUGGCCCUCAGUGCAGCUGCGAUCAAGGAUUUCAUCUGGAUGCUGAUCAGAAGACAUGUGUAGAUCUGGAUGAGUGUGAAGCUGGAGCUGGCUGCUGUCAACAAGACUGUUUCAACACCCCUGGAGGCUACGAGUGUGGCUGCCACGCUGGGUAUCGGCUCAAUCUGGACGGCUGUACGUGUGAUGAUGUUGAUGAAUGCGCUGUGGAAAAGGACGUGUGUGAUCAUUUCUGCCAGAACACAGAAGGAUCCUUCCAUUGUCUCUGCAACUUUGGAUACAAGCUGGAGGAGGAUCGGAAAACCUGCAUCCUCUUGGAUGACCAUGUGGAGGCUUUGAAUGGCCGGCCAAGUUAUGAAAGGUACUUUCCUGAGGUAACUUUCUACCAUGGAGAGGAACUGACCCAAUUGUUUGAUGAUGAGGAUGUCGCUGGGGAAGGAGAAGCACGCGGAGAAUUCACCCUGUCACAGAGCUUUGUGUGCUGGGAUGGUACCUUUGGAAAUGACUGCAGCUUGACCUGCGAGGACUGUAGGAAUGGAGGCACUUGCAACGAAGCUCAGGAUGGAUGCAUUUGCCCAGAGGGAUGGACUGGGAUUGUGUGUAACCAGACUUGUCCAGAGGGAACAUUUGGGAAAAACUGCAGCUUCCUGUGCAAGUGUAAGAACGGUGCCACAUGUGAUCCGCUGGCGGGGAAGUGCCGCUGCCCUCCAGGGGUCAGUGGUGAGAUGUGUGAGGAUGGUUGUCCCAAGGGGUUUUAUGGAAAAGCCUGUAACAAGAAGUGCAACUGUGCCAACAAUGGACGCUGCCACCGAAUCUAUGGCGCCUGCCUCUGUGAUCCUGGGCUUUACGGCCGCUUCUGCCAUCUGCCUUGCCCAAAAUGGACCCACGGGCCUGGCUGCUCCAACCAGUGUCAGUGUGAGCCGCGCAGCACGCUGGAAUGUAACCGCAAGGACGGAAGCUGCAUCUGUAAGCCUGGCUACCAUGGAAUCUCCUGUCAAAAUGCUUGUGAUACCGGCUUUUAUGGAACUGGAUGCAACAGUAAGUGUAACUGCUCAGUAGGUGUUUCCUGUGAGCAUGUGACUGGCGAAUGCAAGAUGCUGUGUCCUAAGGGGUAUCACGGAAAAAACUGUAGCCAAGAAUGUUCCAACAACAAGUUUGGAGCCAACUGUUUGCAGACAUGUGACUGUGGGGGAGCCCCGUGUCACCGGAUGACUGGAGAAUGUGUCUGCCCCGCCGGCAGAACUGGUCUUGGCUGCAAAAACGAUUGCCCACCAGGCUACUGGGGCCUGGGCUGCCAGGAGAGCUGCCCUGCCUGUCAGAACAAUGGGACCUGUAAUAAGGAGACAGGCCAGUGCACCUGCCCACCAGGAUUCAUUGGGAAACUCUGUCAAAACAUUUGCCAAGCAGGCCGAUAUGGCCCGGGCUGUCAAAUGCAAUGUGGAUGUGAGAACAAGGGGCAGUGUGACCCUGUCACAGGACGCUGUAAGUGCUCUCCAGGAUGGACUGGCCACAACUGCAGGAGAGCCUGCGAUGCCGGCCAAUGGGGUCCAGACUGUUUGAGCGCUUGUGACUGCAGGAACAGUGAUGGGAGCUGCCAUGUCAUCACUGGACAGUGCAUCUGUGAGGCAGGUUUUACUGCCCAACGCUGUGACCAGAAGUGUCCUGAAGGUACCUACGGGUCUGGCUGCCGAUACCGGUGUCACUGUGAAAAUGGGGCCGCGUGCGAUCAUGUGAGCGGAGCGUGUAACUGUACAGCAGGUUGGCUCGGAACAUACUGUGAGCGAGCUUGUCCGGAUGGAUUCCACGGCCUGGAGUGCCGUCAGGUCUGCGACUGUCAGAACGGCGCUCGCUGUGACCAUGUGACAGGAUCUUGCUCAUGCCCCGCGGGCUGGAUUGGACUGAGCUGCAACCAGUCAUGCCCAGGACAGACCUACGGGGAGAACUGCACCCAGCCCUGUCACUGCGCCAAUGGUGCCAGCUGUGACCCUGUGACCGGUCAGUGCAUCUGUGCUCCUGGAUGGAUAGGAGAUCAGUGUCAGGAAGCAUGCUCCCCUGGUUUCUAUGGUACCAGCUGUUUGCAGAGAUGCAUCUGCCAGAAUGGUGGAUGGUGUGAUCACAUCACAGGUCACUGCACAUGCCGUGUAGGAUGGACAGGAGUGGCAUGCGAACUAGAGUGCACCCCAGGAAGGUAUGGUUUGGACUGCCAGCAGCAGUGUGACUGCCUGAAUGAGGGGCUGUGUGAUCAUCAGAGUGGCGAGUGCUUUUGCCGCCCAGGAUGGAUGGGGGCGAAGUGUGAAACCUCUUGCCCCAGAGGAACUUACGGAGAGCACUGCGAGGAACGUUGUGAUUGCGAGCACGGAGCAUCGUGUCAUCAUGUGACGGGGAUGUGCCAGUGCACAGAGGGAUGGAGAGGGAGACGGUGUGAGAAAGCUUGCUGGCCAGGUUACUAUGGCAAUAGCUGUGCGCAGCGAUGUAACUGUUCCCCCUAUCUACCCUGCAACCAUGUGACGGGUGAAUGUGGCUGCCCCCCAGGGUUUACGGGCAAUGGCUGUGAACUGACCUGCCUGCCGGGUACCUACGGGCAGAACUGUAACCAGGUGUGCCAAUGUUCUGCCCAGAACCAGCAAUGCCACCCAGUCAGCGGAGAGUGCAUCUGUGCACCUGGUUACCAUGGAGAAAGCUGCAAUCUGAGAUGUCCAGCCGGAAGGUACGGAUCCAACUGUGUUGAGGAAUGUCGGUGCCUGAACAGAGGGCAUUGUGAGACAGUGACAGGAACAUGUGUCUGUCCACCUGGGUACAUUGGGGCAGACUGCAAUCAGACCUGCCCUGCCGGUCACUAUGGGAUGGACUGCGCUCUGAUCUGUUCCUGUGGGGAAGGAGCGAGAUGUGACCAUGUAACCGGGUGGUGCACCUGCCCAGCAGGAAGAACUGGCUCCCAGUGCCAGCAUGUGUGCCCCAAAGACAGGUUCGGUGACAGGUGUCAGAACGUCUGUGCCUGCAGAAAUGGUGGAUGGUGCAAUCCAAUCAAUGGCUCCUGUUCCUGUGGCCUGGGCUGGAUGGGACCCCACUGUCAGCAAGAGUGUCCCCUUGGGAAGUUCGGUGCGAACUGCCAGCUGGACUGCGCCUGCCACACCAAUGCGAGCUGCGACCGAGUUACUGGGCACUGCCGCUGCCCUAGAGGCUAUUAUGGACAAUCCUGUGAGCAUGUCUGCCCACCUGGGUUUCACGGAUCCAACUGCCAACACCCGUGUGACUGUAGAAACGGCGCGUCCUGUGACCCUGUGGCUGGCCGGUGUUUGUGCUCUGCUGGUUACCACGGAGAGCGCUGUGAGACAGAAUGUGAGUGGGGACGAUACGGGGACCAUUGUCGGCAGCUGUGUGAUUGCGAAGAUGGGGCUCCUUGUGAACCUGCGACUGGACUGUGCCUUUGUCCCCCAGGGAAAAUGGGCACCAGGUGUGACAUUGAUUGCCAAGCCAAUCGCUACGGACCUAACUGCGCCUUAAGCUGUGACUGCUCCAAUGAUGCCCACUGUGACCCUCGGAAUGGGCAUUGUACUUGCCUGGAUGGCUGGAUCGGACCCACCUGCAAGGAAGGAGGACCUCCAAAACCACCUCAUCACCUACAGGAUGCGGCCCUUAGGAAUGUGGUAUCAGACACCCGCUCAGGGCUGUAGUCACCCUAGCAAGUUCAAAGGCAGCUGUCAAGGAGACUGCUUCUCAAACCACACCCUGCCGAAGACAGACAGCACUGAAAGUAGAAUUAUGGGACUGUACGUUUGGAGAAUUGGGCAUGAGUCCCACCAUCUUUCAGACCAUUUGGCUAAUUUAAAAAAAAACAUGGAUUUGCUGACGGAUUUUAGGAUCCAGCCUCGCCUUGUGGUCCAGGCGAAAAGGAGGUGUUUGAACUCAUGGCUUUGCCAUCUCCUUGGAACCUUUAACGAUGAACUUUAGGCUAAUGGAAAUAUUCUUGAUACCUUAAAGACCUUUCUUCUACUAUAAUAUACAAUAUAUAUAAUUUUAUUUUUAUAAAAUAAAUCCCAGAUGAACCAGAUCACUGGGAUUAUUAGGACUACAGGUUGGUUUCAAUCCUGGCACAACUUUAACUGACCGAGGAAGUGGUUAAACAUCGUACCUCAAAUUUGCCAUCCAGUGUUGGUUAGAGGGUGGCUUUUCCAUUUCGGUGGGAAGUUUGCACACUGACGUCAAGACUGCAAUCACUACAAGGCAGCAAGGAAGCAGGUACUCUGUAAUGGAUUAAGCUGCCUGCCCGUCUGGAAACGAUGAACUUUGGCAUCUGCAGAGACUCAGUUGGCAGGGUGAAUGGAAUGUGACAGCGUUGAGAGAACGUGCCUCUGACAUUCAGGGACCCAGCAAUUGACACUGCAAUCUGUUCAAGACCAAUUCUACCUUCAGUAUCUGUUAGGCACAUUAACUCUCAGUCAAUGACCCCAUGCAGGCAAUGCUUCCCCUUGUUUCAUUAACCAGCUCAGGGCAGUCCACAGGAAGGUUGUGAUGACACAAGUCAAACUGAACUAUCAUAGAAUAGCUCAAUAAGCUCUUGUCAAAAGGCAGGACAACAAAUUAUUGUGAGGCCUAUCCUCAUCCUUCCCUUUCUCCCUCUAUGUUGGUUGUGUCUUUAAAGUCCUUAAAUUUUGUACAAAUUUACAACUUUUCCAUUCCCUAUGCUGAAAUAAAAAUUCCACCUCCUACCAUGCCUUCCUUUCCAAGGAUCACAACACUGCAAGCCCACUGCACCCUUUGAAACAGACGGAUUUCUGCUUCACUGUUAGACCUCGUGUCUGGGUUGAGUGGGGCAUUUCACCCUGUUAUUUGCUGCUCUCUCUCUCCAGACCCAGGAUCUCUCAUAGGAUAACCCAGUGUUACACCAGUGGUUCUGGAUCAAGGGAAGCAGGGCAGGGCGAAACCAAGAGUUGGAGCUCCACUUAAUGAAAAGGACUGAUUUCCCACCCCUUACCUCCUUUUAUUUAAGUUCCCAUUGCCGUUGAUUGGAAACGGAGCAUGCGCUUUAACUCAACAAUCCAUCAUCUGACUCAUUAGAAUGAUUGUAAAGAACCAGUUUUCUGCUCUUCAGCUGGCUUGUCACCAGAUCCGACCUGGUGACCUUCUCCAGCUGAUGUGCCACUGUCUUCUAGACAGCUCUGGCCUUGAAGGUGACAUGCUUCCACUUUAGUUCUGUGGCUGCUGGGUUAGCUGUUGAGUCAAUGUGGGACGUGCAGAAUCUACCACAGUUGGAAGGUAGUGUACUCCUUCUGCUGCUUACAGUUAGCUUCCUGAUGCAAGGGCUCAAGGUCCUAGAAGUGUGCGGGAGGACGGAAGUCACUGUUGCCUGGGUUUGUGUUACAUUCUGGACCUCGAUCUCCAUAUACCGUUCCUCAGAAUAGUAAAGGCAGUGACCGAUGAACUCAACAUGAUGGCAAAUUUCAUCAUCGACAUCUGCCUUACAGAGUGCUGGCUCUGAGACAUAGGAAAUACAGUCACAGAGUACUACAGCUCAGAAGCAGGUCCUUCAGCCCAUCUAGUCUGUGCUGAACUGUUAUUCUGCCUGUUUCCAUUGACCUGCACCCACACCAGAGCACUCCAUACCUCUCCCAUCCAUGUACUUAUCCAAAUUUCUCUUAACUGUCGAUCAACCCUGCAUCCACUUCCACUGGCACCUUGUUCCACACUCACACCACCCUCUGAGUGAUGAAGUUCCCCUCAGGUUCCCCUUAAAUAUUUCAUCUUUCACCCUCAAUUGAUGAACUCGUGUUCUAGUCUCAUCCAACCUCAAUGGAAAAAGCCUUCUUGCAUUUACUAUAUCUAUACCCCUCAUAAUUUUGUACACCUCUAUCAAAUUUCCCCUCAUUCUCCUAUGUUCCAGGGACCAAUGCCGUAACCUAUUCACCCUUUCCCUAUAUCUCAGGUCCUCAAGACUUGGCAACAUCCUUGUAAAUACUCUCUGUACUCUUUCAAUUUAUUGAUGUCUGUCCUGUACGUAGGGGAUAUCUUUCCUGCAGGUAGGAAUUGUUUCCGAAUGCCUUUUCAUGAACUUUUAUUGUUAGGGACAGGUUGGCGAAGGUCCUUUGCUUUGCAGGAUUUGAGCAUAGGGCCUGUCCUCUUGCACAAUGACUUGGAAUGUCGUCCCUGAAGACAUGCGUACGUAACCAUCGUCUGCAGUUGUAAAUUGUGGUCAGAAUAACUUUGGCUGUAGAGUGGAGGCAACAGUCCUUCAUUCGCCAGCAGCGGUCCCCAACCACCGGGCUGCAAAGCAUGUGCUACCAGGCCGCGAGGAAACGACAUGAGUCAGCUGCACCUUUCCUCAUUCCCUGUCACGCACUGUUUAACUUGAACAUAGGGUUGGCAACUGUCCCAUAUUUGCUGGGACAUCCUGUAUAUUGGGCUAAAUUGGUUUGUCCCAUACGGGACCGCCCUUGUCCCGUAUUUCUCCCACUAAGGUAGAGCGCUCCUAUGAAACUCUUCAUGCCGAAAUGGCGUAAAGCGAAGAAGCAAUUACCAUUAAUUUAUAUGGGAAAAAUAUUUGAGCGUUCCCAGACCCAAAAAAUAACCUACCAAAUCAUACCAAAUAAGACAUAAAACCAAAAAUAACACUAACAUAUAGUAAAAGCAGGAAUGAUAUGAUAAAUACACACCCUAUAUAAAGUAGAAAUAAUGUAUGUAUAGUCGGGAAGAUUAAGCCAAAACCGAUCUUUGGAAAAAAAAAUUGGCACGUAUGCAGAUCACACAUGCGCACACAGGUGCCUGCGCGAGGCUUCAUGGUCAUGGUGGUCUUACUUGGGGUAAACACAAGUGUCCCGUAUUUGACUGCUACUUUUGUCCCUUAUUUGGGAGUGGGAAAGUUGGCAACCCUAACUGUAAAAGACAUGUUGAAGUGAGUUUAACCCUACUUGAACAUCCACCCUGGUCGACCGGUCUGCAAGAAUAUUGUCAAUAUUAAACCGGUCCACGAUUCAAAAAAGGUAGGGGACCCUGGAUUAGAGGGAAAUUUGUUGAAGGCCAGGUGCAGCUCUUAGCAGAUUCAGGAUUUACACAUAUCUGCAAAGGGAAUCCCUAGUUUGCGUGCAUUUAUGUGAGGAAAUGCUGGCAAUUCCACACAUAAUCCAGCUUGAUAGUCAACAGUUUCGUGAUAAGUCGCUGAUGUGCUUUAGUUCUCCUAAAGCUCGUAUUUCAUACUCUCCGUACCAGAAAAAUGAAAUAGUUUGCCUUGUGUCAACUGGUACUACAGGAUCAAGUGAGUGGAUUCUCACUAAGCGAGAUUUACCAGCCAGUGAGUUAGGAAUAAAUUAGAGGUGUUAUUAUGAAUAAAUUAUCAGGUCAUUUGUGUUUUAUUCAGUUUAAUGCUGUAUACAUACUGUUUUCUAAUGGAAGUAUUUGUAUCCCCAUAUACCACAAUAAAAGGAUUCUGAACUCACUAACCCAAUUCCCUGAACUAGUAACGCAGAAGUCAAAUUUGCUGUUCACCAUUUCGGGGGAUCCGGUUCCCUUUGAGUCUUGCUUGUUAGUGAGUUGCUUACUCUAUCUGUGUGCUGCAUCUUUAUGAUCUUACAUCAAAAUGAUCCACAGAAUACUAGUGACAAAAUAAAACGCAUCAAGUAUCAACCAAACUGUCACAUAUAGAGCAGGUGAGUGGAAGCUUGGUCAGAGACAUUGUUUUGAAAGUACCCAUUGAGAGAGAAGACUGGAGAAUGAAUUCCAGUGAUUCACAGCACCCAGCUCGCGAGGAGUGCAUUUCUGACUGGCUUGCAUUGAAGCUCGGGCUUCAUGAUUUAUUUUUCAUUGAAUUGGAGAUGGUUUGGUCAAUCAUCAAUUGACAGGCACUGGGA